CCCACCUCCAGUCGGACGCCUCACGAUCAUCAGAGUCUAGCUGAGGAAUUCGAACAAUAAUAAUUCUCCGAAUGAAGUAUGUACACACAUGGUGCCAGGAUGUGAAUUCCCCUGAACGCUCAGGGGAUCACCACAAGAGACCCACCCCAUCAUGCACCAAACAGCGUCAUUAACAGCCUUUUUCAAUGUGCACACUCAUCGCGAGGAGGAGGAAGAUGACUGGCCUGAGCUGGUGAGGGAAGCCGAUUCUCAGCAGAAAGCGGCAGGACAACUGUGAUAAGUUAAUUAAUAUUCAAUUGCCUAACACAAAUGCUAACCUUAACCUAAGCCCAGUACUCAGAAUUACGAUCGUCAGGAGCUACUCAUGCGGCAUCAGCAUCCUUGUCCAUUCAAGCGACAGAAACAGGAUUCUUUGGCCGAUGCAGGCCAUUCGCUUGAACUCUGAUUCAAAGAAGCUUUUAUUCUUUUGUUCUACGCUGGCGUGCAGACAGCCUGAUUCCAUUAUUGUUAUCAUUGGCUCUCUUGUCUAAGAGGCACAAUCGCACGUUGCAGGCCUUGGGUUUCUUUUAUUCUCAAAAAAAUGAAAAAUUCCAUAGUAUGAAGAACAAAUCCGCACUCUCCUUCAAAAAAGCAAAGCUCGGGAUCAAUAUAAUUGGCCCAGGAACCAUGAUGCUUGACUUCCAUAUAUCAUGUCUCUGCGUUUUUCUUUCUCGUUUCUUUUUUUCUUUUUCUUUUUUUUUACCCAGUUUUGUGCGAGGUUACAUUGUGUGCAAUGAUUCGUCUUAUUUGGAUAAGAUGGAAAGUCUACUUGACUACUAAUCUACCGCUCUUUUUGGAAAAACAAUAUGUCCUCAUGAUGGUGAGGGUAAAUUUACCCUUUCCGUUCGUGGAUGACUAUUAUUAUCCUCGGUUUUCUGUGGACAGGAACAGAAUAUAUCACAGCUAAUCAGAGGUUGGAGAGAGGAAUGCCUGUGCAGGGCUCCUCGCUCCGCAACGGUUUACAUGAUAACGUUGAUCAAGGGUUGUUGAUCACCAUUUCUUUUUGGAAUUUGCAAGUUUACUUUGUUUCAGGUGCGCCGUCGAUGUCACUCUUGUCACACAGGGGAGUGUUCCGUAUAUAAGAGACGGCCGGAAAGCCCCUCGACAUACUUCUCCCUUCAUUCGUCCUCUUUUUUAUUCCUCCCUUGUUCAUCCGGCAUACAGUGUUUCGUGGCGUAUCUGACAUUCCUUUUUAUCUUUCGAAAAGAAUACCACUCCUUUACAGCAACCAGUCCUUCAUUCGGAAUAUAACAUACGUAUAUACUCAUUUUUGAUUUUUGAAAGCACUUCGUUCAAUCCACUAUCACACCUUAAACCAUGAAGCUCUCCGUCCUCUCCGCCGCAUUUGCCCUUGCUGGCUCUGCUAUUGCCGCCCCAACUCCAAUUAUUCCAGGGCUCCCCAAACUUCCCGGUCUCGGGUCGUUGCCGUCUGUCCAGGGCAUUCCCGAUGCUUUGGUCGGCCAACUCGUCCCUUCAGUCACCAAGACCGUCAGCGCCGCUGGUUUGGGAUCGUUUUUGGGACCGCUCCAGGGGCUCCUGGGCGGAGAACUGGGAGGACUCCCGCUCCCACUCAAGGCCCGCCAGGACGUCGAGGCCGAGAUUAGCGGCAUGACCCCAGAGCAAGCUGCGCAAAUGAUCCAGUCCAUGAAUGAAAUCGCAUCCGCCCUCCAAGUUGACAAGGCCAUCGACGGCAAACUCCCCGGGGUUCCUAGCUUCUCGAAGGAGAAGCAGGAGCAGCUUUUGGGAGCCUUCAAGGCUCUCGUCACCCAGCUCGCCCCCUUGGCUAAGAACGGCCUGAAGGACAUUGCUCUCAAGCUUGACGCAAUUAAAGUCCCAGUUCAGGGUCUUACUGCUCGUGACCCUAUCAUUGGUGGUCUCCCGAUCGUUGGUGGCCUCCUCAAUGGCGGUGCCGGCGGCAUCCUCAGCGUUGUCGCUGGUCCCCUCAGUAUCUUGACCCAGGUUCUCGGGAUGGCUGGUGUCGCACCACUCCUCGGACCUGUCCUCUCCACCAUCAGUGGUCUUGGCUUGUAAAGGUGAGUUUCAUAAUUUACCUAUCCAUUCUCCUCGGCAUCAUUCAUAGGUGAUCUUGCUUAACUAGUAUCUGAUAGCUAGGACUGAUCCCCUGUGCCCAACUUGAUAGCGACACUCGCAAGGUUUCGACUCAUUUCUGGCAGAGAAGUUCGUCCCACUAGCAAAGCUUUGAUUUCUGUACGAUCUGGCGCGCGGCGUAAUGGUUUCGACCAGAAGAAGGAAUACCCCAAAGAAACCCUCUUCAUUAUGCCACUAACCAUGUCCAUAUUCAAUUCUUUCUUUUCUUCUCGUAACUUGUUCCUAUUUCCCUCUCCCGGGAGGAGACUUAGCUAUCUAUUUUCAUGUAAAUUAAUUAUGGAACUGGCUUUGGCGGUUUAAUGAAAAACAGUUUGUUAGCUACAUAUUUUUGGUCUUCUUACUUGUCAUAUUUGACUCAUCCUCGGGAGUUUAUCUCGAACCAUCUUAAAUAUACGUUUGAUUUUCCCCCUGAAUUGAGGUUUGGUGCUUGGUAUCUUUAAUACAUCCCUCCUGCUAUUAUAUAUUAACGGAUGCUUUGUUUCUAAUAUACUCUGGAUAGCCUGAAAGUUUAUCUGUAUGCGUACUUCUAUAAAUUUGGUCUUGAUAUGACUUCC